AUGCGCAAGGUUUAUGGGUUGCUCCAAUUUCUCAUUCUCAGUGGGACAACAAUCGGCUAUACAAUCACUCGCAUCUAUCGACUUGGUAUUGAUGAAUAUUGGUUUAGGGCCAUAAGAAAAUCAAAUUGCUUCCACGAGAGAGGCCGUGGAGCUCCAUGCAAGUUUUCCAACGACCCGUACAUGAUUGGACUUGGGAUUACAGAAAUUUUGGUGUCUCAAAUCCCAAAUUUCCAUGAGCUUUCAUUGCUCUCAUCCGUUGCUGCCAUCAUGUCUUUUGCUUAUGCAUCAAUUGGACUAGGACUGGCAUUUGCCCAGGUCAUCUCAGGGCAUGGGCAAAGAACUACACUUACAGGCGUAGAAGUUGGAGUAGAUGUGACAGCACCAGAAAAAAUAGGGACAAUAUUUAGAGCACUUGGCGAUAUGGCAUUUGCUUGCGCCUAUUCUGCAAUUUUGAUUGAAAUUCAAGACACACUAAGGUCAUUGCCACCUGAAAAUAAAGCAAUGAAGAAGGCCAACGUAAUAGCUAUCUUAACUUCAACAACCUUCUACUUGAUGUGUGGUUGCUUUGGCUAUGCUGCGUUUGGGAACAAAGCACCAGGGAACAUGCUAACUGGCUUUGGAUUUUACGAGCCUUUCUGGUUGAUAGACUUAGCCAAUGCCUGCAUAGUGGUGCACCUAGUGGGUGCAUACCAGGUACUUGCCCAGCCCAUAUACGGCACGUUCGAAUCAUGGGCUAGCAUGAGGUGGCCCAAUUCCGAAUUUGUAAACAGUGAAUACCCACUAAGAAUUGGCAGCAAAAAGUUGAAUUUUAGCAUCAACUUUUUAAGGCUAACUUGGAGAACAACUUUUGUCGUGGUAGCGACUUUACUUGCCAUGGCGUUGCCCUUCUUCAACGAAAUACUGGCACUCCUUGGAGCAAUUUCCUAUGGCCCCAUGACAGUCUAUUUCCCUGUGGAGAUGCACAUGGCCCAGAAUAAGAUCAAAAGGCUAAGCAUAAAGGGGUUGGCGCUUCAGCUUUUGAACUUGGUCUGCUUCCUUGUGUCCAUAGCCGCAGCAAGUGGUGCCAUUCAAGGCAUGAAUCACGGUCUCCGAGCCUCCAAGCCCUUCCAGUAUAAACAGUAA